AUGAGGCUCCAUUAUCUGCUAUUUGCAUUCCUCGUCUUGUUCUUGGUGCCUGCUCCAGGGGAUGCAUUCAUCCAGAAAAACCUCCGAAAAAUAUACUGCAAGAUAAGAGGCGGCCGCUGCGCUCUGUUUAGCUGUCUUACAACGGAAGAACAAAUAGGUCGCUGUUCAAAAAGAGGUCGGAAAUGCUGCCGAAAGAAGAAGUAG